AUGAAAUCAUUGGACAAUGAUAGGUCCAUAACCGGCCAUACAGAACUCCAACAAGACAACGACAAAGAAGAAGAAAACGCUGAACAAACACCAAAUGAAAAUGAUCAAAAUCCAGCAUCGAGUCGAGCAAAUCUAGAUGAAACAACAGCAGUAUCAAUUGGCGAAGACAGAAAAAAUCAGCAAAUAUCAACAAUCGAAAGAAAAAUCGAAGAGAAAACCGAACGAUUAACUGCAAUGGCUGAAGAUUUAGAAGAAGAAGGAAGACGAAUAUUAGGAUACGACAACAGCUCGAAAGGUGAAAUAGGACCGGUGUUGAAACAAAUGCUCCUCGAAGACGCCAGCACGAAAAAAUCAACAUAG